CGCUGUUAGUCUUUGGCCAAACAUUGAAAUGAACAACGCAUUGCUCGCAAUUGCAGCGCUGUCGGUAGUCUGCAGCAUUGGUAGCUGCCUGGAGCGUCCCCAGGGACGCAUUGUCGGUGGCGAAACCGUCUCAGCGCAUUUUGUGCCCUACCAGGUGUCGCUGCGCAGACGGAAUGGCAUUAAGAGCGCCUACGCCCAUAGCUGUGGCGGCGCCGUCUUGGACGAGCGCACCAUCAUCACAGCAGCUCACUGCGUCUACAAUCGGCUGGAGCAGAGCUUCCUGGUAGUGGCUGGCUCGGACGUGCGCACUGGCAUGGACGGAGGCAUUGUGACACGCGUAGAGAAGCUAGUGCCGCAUGAGCUCUACAAUGCCUCCAUCACUGACAACGAUAUCGCCCUGGUCUUUGUGUCGCCUCCGCUGCCCGUGGGCCAGCGCAAGAUCGCCGCUAUCGAUCUGGCUGAGGCGGUGCCCGCUGCGGGCACGGUAGGCAGCGUUUCCGGCUGGGGCCUGACCAAAGAAGAUGGGUUCGGCUCUCCCCAGCUGCAGCAGGUGCAGAUACCCCUGGUGGACAGCACCGUCUGCCAGGCUGCCUACAACUGGCGACCCAUAACCGAGCGCAUGCUCUGUGCAGCGGCGCCUGGCGGCGGCAAGGAUGCUUGCGAAGGGGACGCCGGCGGACCUCUGGUAGUGGCUGACAAGAUCGUGGGAAUUGUGUCGUGGGGCGAGGGCUGUGCCCGUCCCGAGUACCCGAGCGUGUACACCUCGGUGCCAUAUUUCCGCGCAUGGAUUGCCGAGCAGCUGGCGAAACACGUCUGAUUGCCCGCUGAUUAGUCGCGGGCUCCAUAAAAGAAGCCUUUAGCCUUAUCGCACUAGUGUAUGACCAUUUAAAUGCAUCCAUUAAACUUUUACUAUUUCCAU